UAAGAACAAGUCGUAGGCUUCAGACGUCCUCCGCACGUUGUUGAACUUCCACAUCCUGUCCAAGGCUAUCCUUUCGGUGAAGGAGAAUCUUCUGGCCAACAUGGACUUUAACGGCACAUGGCAGGUCUACGCCCAGGAGAACUACGAGGCCUUCCUCAAGGCCAUGGAGCUCCCCGACGAGGUCAUCAAGAUGGCGAAGGAUAUCAAGCCCGUGACAGAGAUCACCCAGAAGGGAAACGAUUUUGUGGUGACCUCCAAGACCCCGGGGAAAACGGUGACCAACUCCUUCACCCUCGGCAAGGAGGCUGACAUCACCACCAUGGACGGCAAGAAGCUCAAGUGCGUUGUCAACCUGGAGGGCAGCAAGCUGGUCUGCAAAACUGGCAAGUUCUGCCACAUCCAGGAGCUCAAAGGAGGAGAGAUGAUUGAGACUUUGACCAUGGGCCCCACAACUCUCAUCAGGAAGAGCAAGAAAGUGUAAACCUGACAGCGACACAUGAAAUAAAGUAUAUUUAAAUACAUUUAAAAA